AUGCAUCCAUUCGCAAGCAACUUAUCUGGCAACCAUGCUUUAGUUACCGGAGGCUCCAAAGGCAUCGGCCGUCUGAUCGUUCAAGCCCUGCUGGCUGAGGGUGUCAAUGUGUCCUAUUGUGCCCGAAGCCCUCGAGGCGAUGAGUUCUCGGCUUUCAAUGGAGCUACAGACGGGGCCAGGGCUGUUGCAUCCGCUGUUGACAUCGCCAAUCCGUCAGACAUCAAGAACUGGGUAGAGAAAUCCGCGAGGGAGUUUGGAAAGAUUGACUGUGUUGUGGCAAAUGCGUCCCCGCUAUUCCACGAUGUGACACCCGAGCACUGGGAGAAGAGCUUUCGUGCUGAUAUCAUGGGCCUUGUGACUCUUCUGGAUGCAACCGAGCCACAUCUAAAAGAACGCGCCGAAGCGGGAGGCUCUCCGUCUGUCGUGGUAAUUACGUCCAUAGCUGGCUACGAGCUUAUCCUGCCCAUGAUCGGUAGCCCGUAUACAAGCUUUACUCGAACCAAAGCCGUCAUCGCCAAGGACUAUGCUCGCAAAUUCGCGCCGAUGGGAAUCCGCAUUAAUACUUUGCCUUUAGGCAUGGUCAAUACACCUAAUAUCACUCAUCCGGAUGGUUCGGUCGAGUGGAGUUCCUUUCAGACGUUCAAGAAAGAUAAUUCCGAGUGGAUGAAGGAGGCAGAGGCGAAGAUUCCUCUCAAGAGGGUGGCAGAGGCUGACGAGGUUGCUAAUGUAGUUGUUUUCUUGGCGAGUCGGCUUUCUAGUUAUAUCUGCGGUGCAACGAUCCCCGUUGAUGGCUCGAUUUCAGCGGCUCUACUGUAG